UGCCAUGAUGUGAGGGCUCUACAAUGGGGUGGGACAAAGAAAAAUUCGGUGGAAAAUGAGAUAGGCUUUAAGGAAAUAAAAUUUAUAUACAGAGCAGGAGGAAGGCAGUUUGUUUAAAGGAGUCGGGAAGAGGAUUGCUCCGGAGUCUAAGGGGCGGAGCCGCCGCGUAGAGCGGUUUUGCGCAUGUGCAACAGCUAGGCGGUUAGAUUUGAAUGCUUCCCUGAAAUAGUCUGGGCGUAGCGAGGUUUGUCGGUGGGCCGCAGCUGACUUGCUCUCUGAGGAGCGCGCGGACCCCAAACAAGUCUGAGCAGCCUUUGUCAAGAAGCUGGACUGCGAAAAAGGUUUUCUUCAAAAAUGGAUGGGAUGUCUUCAGAGGCUAAUGAAGAAAAUGACAAUAUGGACAGACCUGUUAGAAGACGACAUUCUUCGAUCUUGAAGCCCCCAAGGAGUCCUCUUCAGGACCUUAGAGGUGGGAAUGAAACAGUUCAGGAAUCUAAUGCUUUGAGAAAUAAGAAAAGUUCUCGUCGAGUCAGCUUUGCAGAUACUAUAAAAGUAUUCCAGACAGAAUCUCAUAUGAAAAUAGUAAGAAAGUCAGAAAUUGCAGAAACAGAAGUGGGAGAAAAUGUUUUGUUUAUACAGAGUAAGAAUCCAGAAGAUAACUACUGUGAGAUUACCGGGAUGAACACAUUGCUUUGUGCUCCCAUUCAGACCCAGAUGCAACAGAGAGAGAUUUCAAUUACAGAACACAACCAUGAAAAGAAACAUGCAAAUGACCAAACAGUCAUCUUUUCGGAAGAAAACCAGAUGGACCUAACAACAAGUCACACCGUAAUGAUUAACAAAGGCCUUUUAGAUUGUACUAAAAGUGAAAAGUCCACUAAGAUAGAUACUACAUCAUUUCUGGCUAACUUAAAGCUCCAUACUAAGGAUGCAACAAUGAAAAAAGAAUUAAAUUUUUCCAUGGAUCAAAGCACUUCUUCAGAAAAGAAAAUAAAUUUUAAUGACUUCAUAAAAAGAUUGAAAACAGGAAAAUCUAAUGCUUUUCCUACAGGACCUGAUAAAGAAAAUUUUGAGAUAUCUGUUCAUCCCAAACAAUCAAAUAGGGCCUCUUCUGUACAUCAAAUGCAUGUGUCUCUUAAGGUAGAUGAAAAUAGUAAUAAUAUGACUAGAAUCUUUAGAGAACAAGAUGAUGGGAUGAAUUUCACCCAGUGUCAUACGGCCAAUAUUCAGACUUUAGUUCCCACAUCCACUGAGGCCAGCUUAAGGGAAUUUAAAGGUGAUGAUAUUACAAUUUAUGGCAAUGAUUUUAUGGACUUGACAACUAAUUACACUAUACAGAAUUUACCCUCAGCAGAUAAUUUAUCUAAUAUAGAAAACCAAACUCAAAAUGUCAUGAUGGAAGUUAUGACAGAUUAUGGAACUGAAGAUCCAGGAAGGAAGACAGUCUUUAAGAAUAAACCAAAUGCUGCUUUUCAAGACCCUUCUUUAAACCCUAAUGGUGAAAUACAUAUUACCAAAAGCCAUAUUACAGGGACAGAAACUCACAUAGCCACACAGACUUCUAACCAAGAUGCCAGCACUUUGGCCAUAAUCCCAGGAUCUAUAUGUUCCAGCUCAGCUACUCAAGAUUAUAAGACAUUUUUCUGUCCUAGUAGUAAUGAUGCCAUGGAACUGACCAAGUGUCUCUCAGGUAUGAGAGAAGUGAAGAAUUUGCUGAAGAAUGAUAGUAAUUAUUCUAAAACUUGUCCCAAUCCAGAUGCUAUCUCUCUUCUCACAGAGAAAACUAUUUAUUCAGGAAUGGAUAACAUGGACUUUACCAGGAGUCAUACAGUUGUGAUAGAUAAUCAGAUUUUUAAAGAAGAUCACACAAAUACACAGAGAACAGAUACACCAAUAUCUGAAAAAGAAAUGAUGCUCCAAAAUCUCAUAAGCAGGUCAGAGGAUGGGGAAAUGAAUAUAAAUUGUAGCUCAGUUCCUCAUGUAUCUAAGGGAAGAUUACAGCAGAGCCUGGCAAAUUCUUUGUCUAUUUCAUUGACUGGCAAAAAGACUGAAAUUUUCACAGGUGAAGAUAUGGAUUUGACUAAAAAUCACACAGCUAACUUGGGAAGUCAAUCUCCUCUUGUAUCUUGCAAUCUAAUACCUGAGAAUACUGGUAAAUUUCACUCUCACAGCAAAAGCCCUUCAGAUGAAUGGAAAGAAAUGAACAAAAGUCAUACUGAACCAUCCCAACAGCCAGACAUAAUAUCUAAAAACAUUCCAACUGACACCUGGAGUAAAGAAAAAGAUCAAGCUUUAAAGACUGCACCCUAUCUUGGUAAAGAUUCUCCUCAGUCAGAUGAUAUUAAUCAAGACAUAGCAACAGGCCACAGAAAUCUUGAGAAACAAAUAGAACUGGGAAAUAAUAGAAAUACAGUUUCAUGUGAGGCAUCUUUUUUUCCUACCACAGAGCCACUAUUUUCAUUAGAAGGACAGUCUACCAUGAAAAAUCAUAAUAUUGCUGUUAACAGUUACACAGUGAAAUCUGUAUCGAGCCAGAAUUCUAAACUGCCUGAGCCACUGAGGAAAAGAGUAGGCAAUCCCACACCUGACUGUUCCCAUAACAAGACAAUUAUUUGUUCAGAGGAGGAACAAAAUAUGGAUCUAACCAAGAGUCACACUAUUGUCAUUGGAUUUGGUCCUUCUGAAUUACAAGAAUUGGGUAAGACUAAUUUAGAAAAUACUAACUGCCAGCUGACAACAGUAGACAGAAAGAUAGCUGUAAAUGUUGAAAAAUGUAAUAAAAGUCCUACAGAAAAAACUGGAGUAUUUGUUUCUAAUGAUAAUAUAGACAUUUUAGAAGACAAAAGCAUUCGAAAACUUGGAUUUCAGAAUGAAAAUCAAGAUGUCAAAAUUUAUGGAAGAAAGAGUGUUGGCAGGCAAAAAGUUAAUAAGACUAUUGUAUUUUCAGAAGGUGAUGAGAAUGAUAUGGAUAUCACCAAGAGUUAUACAGUGGAAAUAAGUCAUAAAGCUUUAUUAUAUGAACAAGAUUCCCAUUUGACAGAAACUUCUAAAACUGUUUUGUAUACAUGUGGGCAAGAUGACAUGGAAGUCACUAAAAGUCACACAACUGCUUUGGAAUGUAAAACUGUCUCACCAGAUAAAAUAACCACUAGGCCUAUAGAAAAAACUGUAAUGUUUAUAGAUAAUUACAAUGAACUGGAAAUGACAAAGUCCCACACUGUUUUCAUUGACUACCAAGCAAAGGAGAGGACUGUGUUUACAGACAGACUUGACUUUGAAGUAUCCAAAAGGAAUAGCCUAGAAAAGCCAAAAGUGUCAGCUGCUUCUACUGAGGAGAAUGUUUCCUUUCCAGAGAAUGGUAAAAGUGACCAAUCAGCAGCAAAAGUCAACGAGCUAACACUAGCAAGGGGAUGGUCUAACAAUGGUCCUAUAGAGAAAGCUGUAGGAUUUAUAGCUGGUGAUAAUAUGGAAGUGUCUAAAUCAAGCUUUUGGGAAAAUAAUGAAGAUGUACAGAAGCCCAAAUUUCUGAAUGAAACUAUAUCAGGCAAAAGUCAGAGAAGGACGAGCCUUAGACUAAAAAAUAACAAGACUGCUGCAUUUUCCAAAAAUGAUAAAAAUGAUAUGGAUAUCACCCAGAGCUAUACAGUAGAAAUAAACAAAACUGCCCUGGAAGAUAGAGAGGAUUCCCAUUUGGUACAUUUGGCAGGAGAUUCUAAAACUGUUUUGUAUACAUGUGGGCAGGAUGACAUGGAGAUGACUAGAAGUCACACAACUGCCUUAGAAUGUAAAACUGUCUCACCAGUUAAAAUAACUACCAGGCCGAUAGAAAAAACUGUAAUGUUUGUAGAUAAUCACAGUGAUCUGGAUGUCACCAAGUCCCAUACUGUUUUCAUUGAUUGUCAAGACACAGAGAAAAUUCUUCAAGAAUACCCUAAAUUUGGAAUAGCUAAUGGAAAAAUCUUGGAUAUUUCUUCUCAUAAUGAUGGUAGCUCUGUUCAAGAAAACAUUGAAAAACAAGCACUGGCGGUAGAAAACAAAAUUGUUCUUUACACUAAGCAAAAGCAUCAUGUGAUACCUUCUGUUCCUACUAAUACAUUGUCUGGGGGUCAAAGUGAGUUAGAAAUUAUCAAAUUCAAAAGCACUGUGGAUGAAGAGGUCAUGGGGAGUGUUGUAGACCAGGCCUGCACACUGGAAAAAGCCAAAAUUGAAAGCUGUCAGUUAAAUAGUACAGAUAGAAGAAAUAUGGAUUUUACAAAUAGUCAUGCAACUGCUAUGUGUGGAUCCAGUGAUAAUUAUUCCCAUUUACAAAAUGCUAUUUCCUGUUUUGAUAAUUUGGAGGGGAAUGCCAUGUCCUUAGGUGAUAAAGAUGAGAAAACCAGUAAUUGUCCAGUACAAAAUGAUCUUACUUAUGUAAACAAUUUAGCCAAUGAAUAUUACUUGAAAUCUAAGGGACUGCCUCUCUCUGCUUCUUGUUCUUUGUUGGAAAAGGAAAAAGUGACUGGAACCAAUAUCAAAGGACAGCCAGACUCUGUUAAAACAGUGCUCAAAGAUCAAGAUCUGAUUAAGGAGCCCCCAAAUUUAAGAGCUAAUCAAACUUUACUACCUAGUCAAGAUCUGGGGGAGAUAACUAAACCUAAUUCAAAACGAGUAUCUUUUAAACUCCCAGAUCAAAUGGAGGGCUUUGUUGAUAUGCCAGAACAUAAUUUAAAGAUGACCUUUGUUGAUGAUGUUUGUGUUACUUCUCAGCCUCAUCUCUCAAGCCAGCUACCUCCAUUACCUCAACAAGGACAGAUAAUUGUGAAUAAAGAUGAAAUGAUAUCAACUCAUGCUGGAAAUAAGAAUUUAAAUAUUGUCAUAGAAAAUUCCUCUGUACCUACAUGUGAAAAUGAGUCCAAAAUGCUCAAUAAUGACAAACAGUUUACUAUAGCCUGUAAAAAAGAGCCGAGGAAGAAUAUUCAGACAGCUAAAUGUAAUACAGAUUUUCACAGUAAUUCAGACUUGCCUAAGCAAGUUAUUCAAAUUCAUGCUAAUUCUAGAGAAGCAUUGGAUCCUGCAAUUGCAUCUAAUACUGCAAGUUUUAGUAGUGUCACAUCUAAUCUGAAUAAUUUUAAUGGAAAACCUGAAGAAUUUUUAAAUUUCCAAACUCCUCAUGUACCACCUUCCCCAGAACAAUUACUUGGAUUAACAAAUAAGGCACACAAUCACAUGAGUAUAGUGCAAGCUACAGAAAUACAUAGUAUUAACACAAUGCCCAGCAAUGUUGAAGAUGAUAGAGAUGAAGAAAGUAAAAUUUCUCAUAAUGGAACUGAAACUAACUCUGUACCACUCACGACAGUUGUAAGAGAUAAAGUAAGGCGAUGUUCCCUGGGAAUAUUUUUGCCCAGAUUGCCAAACAAGAGAAAUAGUAGUGUCACUGGUAUUAAUGACCUGAAGCAGUUUCAAGCAGACACAACUGAUUUAAGUCACUUAGAAGCUCAACCAGUCUUCAGUAAGGAGUCAAGCAUUGAAUUUGGUGCAGCUAAACUGACCUUAAGUCCAUCUCAAUAUAUAAAUGAGGAAAACCUUCCUAUAUAUCCUGGUGAGAUUAAUUCCUCAGAUUCUAUUACCAUAGAAACUGAGGAAAAGUCUUUGAUUGAGACAUAUCAAAAAGAGGUUUUGCCAUCUGAAAAUAAAACAAGAGAAACCUGCAAUAGCCAAAAAAGAACCUGGAUACAAGAAGAGGAUGAUAUGCAGAAUGAGAAAAAAAUCAGGAAAAGUGAGAUUAGGUUUAGUGAUACUGCACAAGAUCAGGAGGUUUUUGAUCACCAUUCUGAAGGGGAUAUAGAUAAAAAUGCUAACAGUGUUUUGAUAAAAAGCCUGAGCAGGACACCAUCUAGUUGCAGCAGUUCUCUUGAUUCAAUCAAGGCCGAUGGGACCUCUCUCGACUUCAGCACACAGCACAAUAGUCAAAUGGAAUCACAGUUUCUCAGAGACACUAUUUGUGAAGAGAGCUUGAAGGAGAAACUGAAAGAUGGAAAAAUUACACUAAAGGAGUUCUUUAUACUUCUUCAGGUCCACAUUUUGAUACAGAAACCUCGACAGAGCAAUCUCCCAGCCAAAUUUACUGUAAACACACCACCUACUCCAGAAGACCUGAUGUUAAGUCAGUAUGUUUACCGACCCAAGAUACAGAUUUAUAGAGAAGAUUGUGAGGCUCUUCAGCAGAAGAUUGAAGAAUUAAAGCUUUCUGCAUUGAACCAGGAUAAACUGUUGACUGAUGUAAAUAGGAACCUGUGGGAAAAAAUGAGACACUGCUCUGAUGAGGAGCUGAAAGCCUUUGGAAUUUACCUGAACAAAAUAAAAUCACGUUUUACCAAGAUGACUAAAGUCUUCACUCAUCAAGGAAAAGUGGCUCUCUACAGCAAGCUGGUACAGUCAGUUCAGAAUGAGAGGGAGAAACUUCAGAUAAGGAUGGAUGAGAUGGACAACGUACUUAAGAAGAUUGAAAACUGUCUCACUGAGGUUGAAAUAGAAACUAAGAAUUUGGAGGAUGGAGAGAAAGACAGUCCUAUGGAAGAAUGGGAUUCUGAAAUGAGAGCUGCAGAGAAAGAACUGGAACAGCUGAAAACUGAAGAAGAAGAGCUUCAAAGAAAUCUUUUAGAACUGGAAGCACAGAAAGAACAGACCCUUGCUCAAAUAGACUUUGUACAAAAACAAACAGAUAGAACUGAAAAGCUACUGGAUCAGUUGAGCUUGUCUGAGUGGGAAGUCAUUGAGUGGAGUGAUGAUCAAGCUGUAUUCACCUUCCUUUAUGACACAAUAGAACUUACCAUCACCUUUGGAGAGACAGUAGUUGGUCUCCCUUUCCUGGACAAGGCUUAUAGGAAGAUUGUUGACCUGAAUUUUCAAUCUCUGUUGGAUGAGGAUCAAGCUCCUCCUUCUUCCCGUUUAGUUCAUAAUCUUAUUUUCCAGUACAUUGAGGAACAAGAAUCCUGGAAGAAAAAAUGUACAACACAGCAUCAAGUACCUAAGAUGCUUCAAGAAGUCUCACUGGUAGUGAGCCAUUGUAGACUCCUUGGAGAGGAAAUUGAGUUUUUAAAGAGAUGGGGACCAAAUUAUAACCUAAUGAACAUAGAUGUGACUAAUACUGAAUUGAGACUUUUAUUCUCCAGCUCUACAGCAUUUGCAAAAUUUGAGAUAACUUUGCCUCUCUCAGUCCAUUUUCCAACUGUCCCAUUACCUUUCUCCAUUCAAAAUCACGUUGGAAACAUUGGCCAAGAUGAAAUCACUGCAAUUCUAUCUAAAGUGCCACUGGAGGACAACUACCUAAAGAAUGUAGUCAAGCAAAUUUACCAAGAUCUGCUUCAGGACUGCCAUUUCUACCACCAGACGCAUGGACUAUAGCUAGAAGACCAAGCACAGUGCACUUCAUAAUGAUAUUAUGUCAGCUUAUCUAUCUCUGCUUAAUUUUUGUCUUUAGGUCCUUGAAAGAAGCCUAGUAAAAUUCCUUCUGAUGACGUUACAGUUAAUUUGUAUGCUUGGUUUUUAAAUCUCUGCAGUCAGGAAUGAUGGAUCGCCUCAAACUGCAUAUUAUCAAACUGCCAAUCUUUUUACAAGAGGUUUAAAUAGUAGAACACUUAGGGAAAAUUUCUUCUAAUUAAAGUUGUGCCCUCUGAUAUAGAACAAGCCCUGAGAAGUAACUUAAGUAUAAGAAGAGCUGUCCCCAGUAACAAAAACAUUAACCAUUUCCUCAUAUACAGAACUAUGAUUUUUAAGUUGCCUGGCUUCUGUCUACCAGAUAUUUCUGGAAUAGAGAUAUAUCUGUCUACAAACUAUUCAUCCUUUUUUUUCUCCAUUCCAGAAAUGUUAAGAAAAAACAAUAUCCCUCAGCUAUUCAAAUGGUUGCCAUCUUUUCUUGAGGACGUUGCCUUCUUUUAUUAUAUAAUGUCUAUCAAUGUUUUCUUAUGUAUAGUUUUGUAGAGAAAGUUAAUUCAUUGUGGCUCAGUACAUAUAUGUAAAAAAAUUUUUUUUUUGUAUAUUUUUGAUGUAGCAAGGAGAUAUAUAUAGAAAUAUGUAGCACUGUAUAGAGAGAUACUCUUCUGUCUGGGCAGUUUCCAUCUUUCUGAAGGAUGCUUUACACCAAGAUUCUCAGUCUCUUUCUAUUAAGUAAUGGUACUUCAAACAAUAUCACAUUUGAAACUACCAGUUUUGUCAAUUUCUGGCAGUAGUAAUGAAUUUAAUGUGAAUAUUUGUUUCUCAAGCCAUACACAAAUAUAAGAAUAUUCAUUGAUACUGAAUGAUCAGUAUUAUCUUUGAGAUAGAUAAAUAUGAGAAAACUUCAACCCAAACUUUAUUCAAAUCCUAAUCAUGAUAAAUUUUGUUUCUUUUAUAUCUAAUUCUAAAGUAUAUAUGUAUUUUUAAACUAAUUCAACUUAACAUUUUGCUUUAUACUUUAAGAUCAGGUUAAAGUCCUAUAGGUCCCAUGAAUAUUAUCUUCGCUCUUGAAUUGGCUUUUACUUCUGAGCCUUUGGUCAAGAAGAUCACAUGGUCCUUUAAGCUUCAAAAGUCAACAUAAAAUUUAUUUUCCAUAAAAAUCAAGAUGAUGUUCUUUAUUUCCAUGAACUUCUUGAAAAACUUCUAAAGUCACCAAUAUUGUCUGUUUUCCAUGAAAUUUAAAUUACUUUUCUUAAUGGAGUUGUUUCAUUUCUUUUCUGUAAACCUGGAAAGUAGAAGUUUUGUUUUGCAUUUUGGUAACCUGGUAUGGACCAACUCCAGGAAUGAUUUGGCUUAUAAUUAUGGUCUCUGCUUCCUGAGUUUGCCUACAUAAUUGUAAUAUUUACUUAAUUGUUUGCAUUUGUAUUUGUUCAAAGGAUUGGCUAUUUUUAUAUAAUUUUUUGGAAAUUGUUCCUUCACUGUUUAGAAGCAGGUUGGUUUUUGCACUAUUAAAAUAAGUUUAUUAUAGGAAAUCUUUUUAAGCAGUGUCUCUUUAUGAAGUGAAGAGGUUUUUUGUUCUUUGUUUUUUUACCAUAUAUUCAAUAAACAUUUGAAGAUAAACCAAA